AACUAGCAACCGUCGAAAUCCCGAAGCUCAAAUCCUCCUCACGCUCGAUCCUCAAGGAUAUUUCUCCGAGACUCUCACCUCUCCUGUGUUCCGAUAGGAUCGAAGCUUUCGUCUCUCCUCACCACGGAUCCGGCGAUUCGGGGUGCGAUUCGACGUUUAUUGAGUAUUGGGUUUAUCGAUUUGGGUGAUUUGCAAACGGGAUUAGGAUUAAAGGUCAGUACUUUCGGCUUUUUGUUUGUUUGUGUAGUGAUUGUUUAUAUGGAAGGAGGUAGUGGGUCGGGUGAGCGGGCACGGGUAGUUCCGAGGUUGAGUCAGAAGGAGAAAAGAGAUGGGCUUUGCAGGAGGAGUGCGUCUUCUUCUACUGGAACAAAGCGUAGUUUUCAUAACAAGAGAUCCAAAGUUGUUGUUAGCGAGUCCGAGUCGAGUGAUGAGUUCAUGAAGCCUCCAGCGAGGAGCGUUGACCGCAAAACCCUUGGAGCGAAAGGCAAGAAGGAUGACCGAAAUGGGUUUGUGAGGAGGGCAGGGAUGAAGAAGUUGGAUGUGUUUGAGUUUGACGAGUACGAUGGGUUCGAUAGCGCGAAUUUGAUGAGGAAGCGUUUUGAUAAUGGCACCGUUGGUGUCAGUGGGAGAGUCUCUUUCCCGCCGAGAAGGUUUGAUAAUGGUGUUGUGGGAGGGUCUGGAUCAGGCAGGGAGGGUGUGUUUGUUAGGAGGGAAAAACCGUACUUGAAUGGCGGGAGUAGUAUGAGUUUGAGUAGUGAAUCUGAUUCAGAUGAGGCGAUAAGGGUGCAGGGGAGAAACGGUGUUCUGAAGGUCAAGGUAAACAAUAAAACGAGCACUCUCCCAGCUUCAGUCAUUCCCCGGGAAGGUGAAGUAUAUGAGAGUCUGCCUUCCUCCUCUGGGAAGGCACAAAAGCGUGAGAAUGUUGUAGCAAAACCAUCCUUUAGGAAACCAAACAAUUAUUCGGAGUCAGAAGACAGCGACGUGGAGAGGAAAGCGAAAAAAAGGAAACCUAAGAAGGAAACAGAUACCAAAUCCACUGAAUCGUUGAAACCUGCAGCGAGGGAAGAGAGGAGGGGAAUGCGUAAUGGCGGAACAGAGAAGCAAAGACUACGUGAGAAGAUUAAGGGAAUGCUUACUGAUGCAGGAUGGACGAUAGACUACAGACCUAGGAGGAACCAAACUUACCUGGAUACUGUAUACGUAAACCCCUCAGGGAUAGCAUUUUGGUCAAUAAUUAAAGCAUAUGAUGCUUUUCGGCAGCAGUUAAAGGAGGAAGACAUCGAUGCUAGAUCGAGGAAGGACGUUGCUGCAGUCGUUUCUGUGUCAGAGGAUAUUGUGAACAAUCUAGCAAGGAAGGUGAAGAAGACAGGGACUGAGGCUUCAAAGAAACGGGGAAAGGAUUACAGUGGUAGCGAGAGUGAAAAGGAUAGCUAUGGAGAAGGAGUAGACAGUGAUACCUGUGAAGAGAGGUUCGUAAAGAUGAAUGGGAAAUCUAUAAAAAGAAGAAGAAUUGAACCUAUUCGUGAUGAUCUACACUCGAAAAGUAAAAGACCGUCGUACUACAAUGAUGCAAGGCCGUCUCCUAGAUCAGAUUCACGUUAUCUAGAUGGAAGAUUAAGCAAUAAAACAGGAAGAUGUACUUUGAAGGUGCGUAGCUCCGAGGAUAAAAAGAAUCCAGCGAUCAACGGGUUCAAUCCAUACUCUGGGAAAAGGACAUUGCUCUCUUGGUUGAUUGAUUGUGGAGUUGUCCAGGUAAGAGAGAAGGUGCAGUACAUGAACCAUCAAUGCACAAAGGUGAUGCUGGAGGGAUGGGUAACAAGAGCGGGGAUUCAUUGCGCCUGCUGCAGUAAAAUCCUCACAAUCUCCAGGUUUGAGAUCCAUGCCGGGAGCAAGUCAUGUCAGCCUUUCCAAAAUAUAUACCUGGAAUCUGGCAGUUCUCUUCUCCAUUGCCAAAUCAGAGCGUGGAAUAUGCAAAAAGAUGCCAAGAGUCUUGGUUUUCAUCACGUGGACGCCGACGGCGAUGAUCCGCAUGAUGAUGCGUGUGGUAUCUGUGGCGAUGGUGGAGAUUUGCUUUGCUGUGAUGGUUGUCCAUCAACAUACCAUCAAGCCUGCUUAGGUAUUGAGGUGCUUCCGGUGGGUGACUGGCACUGUCCAAAUUGCACUUGCAAAUUUUGUGAUGCUGUGGUGCAUUCUGGUGACGAAGACGAAAAUCCUUCAUUGCUUUCCUGCGACACGUGUGAGAGAAAAUAUCACCAAUCAUGCAUGAGUGAGGUGGAAGCUCAUAAUGUUCAGUCUUCAGCUUCUUCGUUCUGUGGGCCUAAGUGCUCAGAGCUCUUCAAAAAGCUAAAGAAGUAUCUUGGUGUCAAACAUGAAAUUGAAGGCGGCUACUCAUGGUCUCUUAUACAUAGGGUGGACACGGAUUCAAAAUUCAACUCUCAAUUGUCGGCACAAAGGAUUGAAAACAAUUCAAAGCUAGCUGUCGGGCUGGCGAUCAUGGAUGAGUGUUUUUUGCCCAUAAUUGACAGGAGGAGUGGGAUCAAUCUAAUUCGCAAUGUCCUUUAUAAUUGUGGAUCCAAUUUCAACCGGAUUAAUUAUACUAGCUUCUACACUGCUAUCCUAGAGAGAGGAGAUGAAAUCAUAUGUGCGGCAUCUCUCAGGUUCCAUGGAAUGCAAUUGGCGGAGAUGCCAUUUAUUGGAACCAGGCAUAUAUACAGGCGUCAAGGAAUGUGCCGUCGGCUUUUUGAUGCAAUUGAGUCGGCUAUGCGUUCUCUUAAGGUUGAGAAAUUGGUAAUCCCUGCCAUUCCAGACUUUUUGCACGCCUGGACCGGUAACUUCGGAUUCAGCCCUCUUGAUGAUGCAGUUAGGAAAGAGAUGAGGUCCCUCAACACGUUGGUGUUUCCUGGAAUAGACAUGUUACACAAACCUCUCCUCCAUGAAGAAAAGAAGUCCAAAGUCGCAGCUGUAGGUGACUGUGUCGUUGUACAUAACGAUGCAAUGGGUUCAGAGAUAGAGACAGAAAAGAAAUCUGAAUCUGCGUCUUUUGCUGAAACUUGUCUAAACUCCAGUGGACAUGUCGCUGAUGAUGAUGCAGACUGCGACAAGAAGACUCUCGUUUCUCAUGAGGAAACCAGUCCUAUAUGUACACCAGUUGAAACAACCAUGGACACGGUUUCCAAGCCGGAGAAUGGUGAAUCGAGGAGAUGUAUACCUGGUGAAGAAUCUGGGAUUAGCUUUUCUUCUUGUCAGUUCACAUUGAAGUCUUGCUCCAAGCAACGUGACAAUACAGGAUCAUCAUGCGAAGAUGUGAAUGUAGAAGCUGUUGCUAAGUUACUAUCUCUGGAAAUCGUACAAGCAUCCACUGAGGUUCAGAUUGAAAACAAUCUCUCUUCAUCUACUUCUGGUUUAGGAUCAUCAGAUAUGAGCUCCAUCACUCAAGAAGGCAAGACUGGACAAAACUCACCGAACAGAGAGGCCACUCCUUCAUGUAAAGACAGUGACAGACUCGGUGCUGGUGCUAAGUUGGCUGUAUCGAAAGCAGAUGGUUUACUUUUAUGAAAAGAUUUUGUUCAAGACGUGAGUUCUCCAAGGAGGAGGAAGUACAAUAUAUCUGUCUGGAUUUGUGAUGCUCAUUGAUUAUAGUCAAGCUUCCAUUCUUCAAAGGUUGAGAUUAGGUAAUGAGAGAUUCAGUCAGUUUCACAUAGAAAGAUAUUUUGUGAUGAAGAUAUAUGCUUUACGCCUUAUUGCGCUAUGAUACUACAGAGAAUAAGGAGAAGCAUGCCUAAGUUUUUUUUCUCACAUUCAGAGUCCUGUUGUUGUUGUCUGUCUUUACUUUUGUAUUUAUCAUUAUUAUCAACUCCAAUCCAGGGAUUUACAACAUUGUAUUAUAUAACGUACCAUUAGUAAAUUUGGAGCAAUUUGUUAGUUUUUCA